GCGAACUCCUUAAAAACCGCAGUCUCGCCUAGGUUCUGUUUGAACAUUCGAGAGCACGAAGCCACUCUAACAAGUAGAUCUGGGUUUAGGGUUUAUCUCUUCUCUGUCUCCCUUCACAUCUUGGUUAAUAGAAUGGCCAUCGAUAUUCAAGGCGAUCGCCAGUCCGGCCAGGAUGUCCGCACUCAAAACGUGAUGGCGUGUCAAGCAGUCGCCAACAUAGUGAAGUCCUCGCUUGGUCCGGUUGGGCUAGACAAGAUGCUUGUCGAUGAUAUUGGUGACGUGACAAUUACCAAUGAUGGUGCAACAAUUCUUAAGAUGUUAGAAGUUGAGCACCCAGCUGCUAAGGUACUUGUGGAGUUGGCUGAGCUUCAAGACCGAGAAGUUGGAGAUGGUACAACUUCAGUGGUCAUUGUAGCGGCAGAAUUGCUUAAGAGAGCUAAUGAUUUGGUGAGGAACAAGAUUCACCCAACAUCAAUAAUCAGUGGAUACAGACUUGCCAUGAGGGAAGCAUGCAAAUACAUUGAGGAAAAAUUGGCAGUAAAGGUGGAGAAGCUUGGAAAAGAUUCUCUAAUAAACUGUGCCAAGACAAGUAUGUCCUCAAAGUUGAUUGCUGGUGAUGAUGACUUCUUUGCAAAUCUGGUGGUUGAUGCAGUACAAAACGUGAAGAUGACCAAUGCACGUGGGGAAGUCAAAUACCCGAUCAAGGGAAUUAAUAUUUUGAAGGCUCAUGGAAAAAGUGCUAGAGAGAGUUAUCUGUUGAAUGGAUAUGCUUUAAAUAGUGGUCGUGCUGCCCAAGGAAUGCCUAUGAGAGUUGCCCCCGCAAAGAUUGCAUGUCUUGACUUUAAUCUUCAGAAGACAAAAAUGCAAUUGGGUGUUCAAGUCUUAGUCUCAGAUCCCAGGGAGCUCGAGAAAAUUCGCCAAAGAGAAGCUGAUAUGACAAAAGAACGUAUAGAAAAACUAUUGAAGGCUGGAGCUAAUGUUGUUCUUACAACAAAAGGAAUUGAUGACAUGGCUCUCAAGUACUUUGUCGAGGCUGGGGCUAUUGCUGUGAGACGUGUUCGUAAGGAGGAUAUGCGUCAUGUUGCCAAAGCGACUGGUGCGACCAUGGUCUCAACAUUUGCUGACAUGGAAGGAGAUGAAACGUUUGAUUCAUCACUUCUUGGAUAUGCUGAUGAGGUUGUGGAGGAACGCAUUGCUGAUGAUGACGUGAUAAUGAUAAAAGGGACAAAAACAACUAGCGCGGUAUCACUGAUUCUUAGAGGUGCAAAUGACUAUAUGCUUGAUGAGAUGGAGAGAGCGCUUCAUGAUGCUUUAUCAAUUGUCAAGAGGACCCUUGAAUCUAACACGGUGGUAGCAGGUGGAGGUGCUGUUGAGGCUGCUCUGUCUGUGUACUUGGAAUACUUGGCUACAACUCUAGGAUCCCGAGAGCAGUUAGCAAUUGCAGAGUUUGCAGAGUCUUUGUUGAUAAUUCCUAAGGUACUUGCUGUCAAUGCUGCUAAAGAUGCCACUGAGUUGGUCGCAAAACUACGGGCUUACCAUCACCAUGCGCAAACAAAUGCUGAUAAAAGGCACUUUUCAAGCAUGGGACUUGAUCUUUCAAAAGGAAUUGUUCGUAACAAUUUAGAAGCUGGAGUUAUUGAGCCUGCCAUGAGCAAAGUGAAAAUAAUACAGUUUGCCACGGAAGCAGCCAUAACAAUUCUUCGAAUUGAUGAUAUGAUCAGGCUUGUCAAAGACGAAAGUCAGAAUGAAGACUAAUAUAGUUGGCUAAUGUGAUAAGUACUGCUUAUUUUGCCGUGUUUUCCCCUUUCUCGCAUGGAUGGUUGUAUUGCCAGUGUUGUCAUUGUUGUAGCGUUGCAGGGGUUGCCUAGUUUUCUCUGCCUCUCUGCCUGUUGCUGUGCUCUUCAUUAAAAAUCUGUGCUCUCCAUGAAUGUGGGAAACUAACUUUAUUGUUUUAUAUCUUGGUACGAUAUGUAUAUCGUUGAAGAUGAA